UACACAAGCAGCUGCUGCGGAAACAAAAAGAACAGGAAGUAUUGCACAGACACGUUCUGUGCAACACCACCAGCACUCCCAGGAGGCAGAAGAGUGAUGAGAAAGAUGGUUGGACAGUGCCGCAGCUUAAUGCUCACCUACAUGGUGACUGUUGCCAUCUAUACCUCUUUGGCUUUCAACAUUGAUACGACAAAUCCUGAUGUCUAUGCUGGUGAACAAAAAGAUUUCUUUGGAUACAAAGUGCUUCAGUUCAUGUCUGGCACACACAAAGGGAUAAUUGUAACUGCGCCUCUGCAACUAAACGGAUCUGGGGGGAUAUGCAACGCCCAAAAGCCUGACAAGUGUGUCAACCCCAAAGAAAUUUCUCUCGCAAAAACAACAAUACCAGUCAAACACUUUGGCUUGUCGAUGGCUAAAGACCCCAAACACUCCCAAUUCACUGUUUGCAGUCCAAGUGUAGUCCAUGAAUGCGAUGAGAACUCCUAUCUGAACAGUGUGUGUUACAACAUGGCAGAUGAUCUUCAGCAAAUCUCCUUUUUCACACCAGCUUUCCAAGACUGCACAAAAAAGACAGUGGACCUUGUCUUUCUAUUUGAUGGAUCAGGGAGUAUGACUGAAUCAGAGUUCAACAAAAAUAAAGAUUUCAUAGUGGAUAUAAUGAACAGCCUUAACACCACAUCAAUCAAGUUUGCAGCAGUUCAGUUUUCUACAGAAUACAGGAAAGUUUUUGACUUCAGUGACUAUCAAGCUGGUCGUGCUCUUGAUAAACUGAUGGAAGAACCACACAUGAGAAAUCUAACCAACACACACAGCGCGCUCACAUUUGUGUUGGAAGAAAUCCUUGAAAACCCAGGAGCUGGCGCCUCUCCUGAUGCAACUAAAGUUGUGGUACUAAUCACAGAUGGAGAUCCCAGUGACACUGACAGACACGGGAUUAUCAAAAAAUAUGAUGACAAACACAUCAUUCGCUUUGUCAUUGGGGUCAAACAGGCUCGGAUGGAAAAAUUUAUGGCCAUUGCUUCAGAACCAAAAGACAAAAACGCAUUUAAAAUCGAGAACUAUGAUGGACUCACAGGAGUACUGGAAAACUUUCAAAACAAGAUCUUUACAAUGGAAGGCUCCAAAGUGUCCCGGGCAGGAGACAUGACUAAUGAAAUGUCUCAGAGUGGAUUCAGUGCUGUCUUCUACAAGGAUACCUUGAUUCUGGGUUCAGUGGGAUCCAACAUGUGGCGUGGUUCUCUUCAAGAGUUUCAGGAAGAAAAACAAGCACAAAUUGAAGAUCCACACAUGAAGAAUGACUCCUACAUGGGAUACUCUACUUCUGUUGGACAGAAGAAUAACGCUCCUCUAUAUUUCACCGGCGCGCCGAGAUUUGAGCACACAGGACAGGUUGUUCUUUUCAGACACGAUGGAAACAACUGGACUAUAGCCAUAAGAAUAAAUGGGGACCAGAUUGGGUCCUACUUUGGUGCAGAGCUGUGCUCCAUUGAUGUCAACUCAGAUGGUGACACUGAUUUCCUGCUGGUGGGAGCGCCACAAUUUUACCAGCCUCAGGAGAAGACAGAAGGCCAAAUAUACGUCUAUUCACUGACUGAUGAGAUGCAACUGAAACGUGAACUGAAUGUGACUGCACCAUCCAUGGGGAGAUUUGGCACCACCAUAUCCAGUCUCGCAGAUCUGAAUGGAGACGGACUCCGAGACGUUGCUGUUGGAGCCCCGCUUGAGGAUGACAACAGGGGGGCUGUGUACAUCUACCUUGGUGACAGACACAGAGGCAUACGCAGCACUUUCAGCCAGAGAAUCCUCGGACAUAAAAUAAAGCCUGGGCUGAGAUUCUUUGGACAGGCCAUUGAUGGGAACAUCGACCUUGGAGAGGACGGACUCCCAGAUAUUACAGUCGGCUCACAGGGCGCGGUUUUUGUCUUAAGGUCCAGGCCCGUCUUUAAUGUCACGGCGCGUCUGUCUUUUCAACCUCAGGAGAUAAACACUGAGAAACUCGACUGCCUGGGCAACACAGAUGAAAACUUACCAAUGGUUACCUUAACAGCCUGCUUUGAAAUGGAAGAAACAACAAAGAGAAAAGGGGCGACGAGUUCCAGACUGGACAUCUCAUGGACACUUGAAGUGGAUCCGAUGAGACACACGUAUCGAGGUUUCUUCAGUCAAACCGACAGGAAAGUCAGGAAUCUUACUUCUACCUACACGCUGAGGGAUAAUGAGACCUGCUUCAACUACUCCAUCUACAUGCCAAAUUGUGUGAAGGAUACAUUAUCGCCCAUCAGCAUCAAAUUAAACUUUGCCCAAGAUGGCAGUGAGAAUGCAACUGUUGUCCUGAACGCGGACAGCAAACGGCAGGCUGUUGUCGAGGUUCCCUUUGAAAAGCAAUGUAGAAAAAAUGACACCUGUGUUGCCGAACUUGAGGUGGAUUUCAACUUCAUGAGCCCAACAUUAUUGGUGGCAGAAGGUAACUACUUCAACCUGUCUGUAUCACUGUCCAAUCAUGGCGAUGACUCAUACAACACCAGUCUUUCAAUGCACUAUCCUCCGGGCCUCUCUUUCUCUCGGAUGACUCUUGACAAAAAGAGACCAACGCACAGCUGCCAUGAUCUAGAUGGAGUCCUCGACAAAACUGUGUGUGGUGUCAGCCUUCCUGUGUAUCGCAGCAAGUCAUCCGCAACAUUUAAAACAUCUUUCCACAUCAUGACUGAAUAUGAGUGGAAUGACACUGUUUCGAUGACCAUCACUGGAAAAAGUGAUAACACAAACUCCACCAGCUCCCUGACCAAAAGCAUCCCAGUACAAUUUGACAUUAAAAUGGCAGUGGCAGUGGGGGAAGAAAGCACAACCUAUCUGACCUUCACAUCUGAGGACGCCGCACCUAAAAAAAUUGUAAUUACAUAUAAGAUAGAUAAUCCUGGUUGGAAGGCUUUUCCUGUCGAUGUGGCGCUGUUCUUCCCAUCUAAACUGGAUCAUGACUUUGAAAUUCAGAGAUAUCAGCUCGUUGUCCAGCAGAACAAAACCCAAUGCACAGUCACUGUUGACAUCCAGUCUGAAUACUGCUCACCAGAAAAUCUCUGCAAAGUCAUGGAGUGUGACACUUUCAUCCUGGACAAAGAAUCAGCCACGGAGUUCACAUUGUCAGGAGAUGUACAAUUUAGGAAUCUUAAACAGCAUGCAGAGAGUAUUGCCUUUCUCAAACGUUAUACUGGAGACGGUGCAGAGGUUAAAUUUAAAAGCUUCAUACGUGUAGACUAUGACAAGCAACGAUAUGUGCUGGCUUCUCAUAAACAAGAGGAUAAAGAUGGUUUCAAAGCAGAGAAGUACCUGAAGCAGGCUGAAGUUCGUGUUGAGUUCAUAAUACUCCCAGAUAAGAUGCUGAUCAUUGUCACCGGAGUUGUAGUGGGACUCUUGCUCCUGAUUGUAAUUGCAGUCAUCAUGUUUAAGUUGGGAUGCUUUAAGAGGAAAACGAUUGAGGAUUAUGAGAAACAAGUGGAAGAAGCUUCUACUCAGGCUGUCACCCCGGCCCUCGCCAACGGGUUAGGCAGCCAAUCAGAGACCAACGGCAAAUCUGACCAACCGUCAGAGGAAAAAAAGCUUCUUGAUGAUGGUGAGGCAAAUGUCAUGGCCCAGCAGACUGGCACAGAGGAGGAACUGGAUUGAAGCAUGAACCGACCACCGUGUCAAUAGGCUGACAUGCUCAAAGUUAGAAAGCAUGCAGCAUGCACAGGAGGUCGUCAUUAGUGAGCAACAUUUAUAGGAAUAGUUCAGUAUUUCAGGAAAUAUGCUAAUAUAAAUAUGCUCAGACGAAAGCAAAUAGGCAAAAAGUUACAUGAGAAAAUUAAUGCCACUGAAGUCUGUCCAUUAAAUAGGAAGCUUGAGUCAGGAGCUUAGCUUAGCAUAAAGACUGGAAACAAUAGGACACUGCUAGUCUGAUUCUCUCCAAAGCUGAUGAAAUUUUUCAGACCCUAGAUACUGAAUUCACAGGCAUGUUAAGGCUCCACUCGACAGGUGGAGCAGGUGUAUGACAUCGGCCUUUCUGUGUACAAACAGUUGUAUUUGUUGGUGAAAAAGCCAGCAAGAGUAUACAUACUCUUGACUGCACUAGCAUUUCCUGCUCCCAUCCAUUAGUAUUAGUUAGUAUUAUUAGUAUUAUUAAGGCAUGUAUCAUUUGCAUUGUCAUAUACUGUAAAUCACUCUCAGCAGUCCGUGAGUGGGUAACAUGUAUAAUAUGCUACACCGUGAGUCUGUCCUGAGGAGGAGCAGCUUUAGGGUUUAUUCAAGCCUGAAAUGCUGUCACCUUAAUCCAUGAACCAGUGCUCUUAAACAAUAUUUCAUUUAACAUUUAACUGUUUCCUUGUCCCUCUUUGAAUCAAUAUAAUGCCACUAGUUGUUUUGUUUGGUUCUCCAUUACGCUGUUUUCUACCUACUUUUUCCCUUUGAAAAUAUGAUCACAUGACACAAACGGUUCAUUUUUGUCAGUGUUACUACAGUGACACUCGAUUAAGACACUGAUGUACUUCAUAACAUCGGUGGAUUAAUAAAUAAGUGACUCAGUGAAAUUCUGAAAUUAUUUUUCAGGCCAGAGGGAAGAAAACAAGUAUACCUUUUUGAAAAUGUAUCAUACAGUAUGCCGAGCGAGUACACAUGGACCCCACACUGGAGGUCCUAUUUAAAUGAAUGAGAGUGAGGAAGCCUAACACAUGCUGAAUAGAGGCAGAGAGUUUUGAAUUCUCAGGCUUGUGUGUGUGUGUGUGUGUGUGUGUCUAUAUAUAUAUAUAUAUAUAUAUAUAUAGAGAGAGAGAGAGAGAGAGAUGUAUACAUCUUGAUUGUUUGAGCUGUUUGUCCAGUGGUUUGUGUUUAUUUUGUAACAUGUUUUAUGCUCUUUAUCAAUUAAAACCUGCUGCCUAUCAUGCA